CUUUCUUCAACAUGUCUCUUUCAAAAUCUUCUAUGCUUCACCGUAUGGCUCCUUUGGUAUCCUCUGUGCAUCAAGUAACUUCGCUCCCGAUCGACUGCUUGUACACACUCUAUUGUUUCACCAAAUCGGACUUUAAAACUACUCUAAUUCCAGUCACCUGUUUUGCCAUCGCAGCAGCUCCACACCUGAAAUUUUCGUACAUUCCUGAAACCGCCUUCUGGGUCUGGCUUCACCUUCUCCAGUUUGUCGCCUCCAACCAAACUAUGGAUCCAGAAGAGGAUGCCCGUAACAAAUGCGAUCGACCUAUCCCUGCCGGUCUUAUCACUCUUCGAAAUGCUAUUAUUCUUCGCUGGGCCCUGGUACCAGUUGUCUGGGCGUACUCAUACUGGUACAGCGUCCAGGCGCUCUACGCCAGCAUGGCUCUCGUCGCUCUGACUAUUGUCUACGACGAGGUUGGCGCUCACGCUGCGCACUACGUCAUUCGAAACAUCGUCAAUGGGCUCGGCUUUGCCUCUUUCGAGAUGGGUGCAACGCUUGUAGCUUCUUCCGAUCGUACCUAUCUUGACAGCACUGCUAUCCUGGCCAUCUUCCUCAGCGCCAGCAUCUUCGCAACGACUAUUCAUGCACAAGACUUCGAGGAUGUCCCCGGUGAUAAACUUAUUGGCCGUCGUACCCUCCCCAUCGUUCAUCCAAACUGGGCGCGUUUCACUGUCAUCGCUACUCUAUCAUUUUGGUCCUUCACUCUCUGGCAAAUAUGGGAGUUGGACUUCGGAAUUGCUUCUGCUUUCGUUGCUUUGGCAUUAUACGUCGGUUAUCGAUACAUUGCUUUGACCAGUAUCGCCCAGGACCAAACGUCGUUCAAAUGUUACAAUGUAUGGCUCUCUGCUGCACACGCUUUGCCCGGCUAUUACAGAUACUUCCAUCAGUAAAAGAUGCCGACGCGCUUCUUUUUGCUUCACCUUUCACCUUGAUCCCUAUCUAUUUGACAUCCUGUAGCCCCAGCGUCCUUCGUCUUCGUUCCUGAUUUCCGGCUUCCGGCAUUUAUAAUUCGUUCUUCUUCGUCCGGGUCCGACGUACACCACACACUAUCACACGUUCCUUGUUUAUAACUAGCUUAUUGUCUUGCCUCAUUACCUACAUCACUUCUCUUUAGUUCGCAGCUGAUUGCACCAUUGUGUCCAUAGUUCCAUAGAAUACGCUUGGAUUAUUGUCUCCCUGUCCUUCCCCAUACGUACUAAUCACUAGUUUAAUGUGACUUCUGUGUCUGCUUGAGUCGAUCAUUCACCGUGCCGAACUUCAUUUAACUG